ACAGAACAAGAAUUAAUCUAGAACCUGGGGCGGGUUGAUUAAACGUGUCUAACAUGGGGCCCGAGGUGGAAUAAAUAGGCUUUGCUUCUGGUUGGAGUGCAUCAGUGAUCGGUGAGCCGAGUUAGCAGCCAGACAACGAAUCCUUCAUAGAGUCUCGCAAGUAACCCGAAUCAGCAGGAAACAUGAAGACCGUAAUCCUUGUGCUCGCCGCCUUCGUGGCUGUCAACGCCCAACAAUGCGACAGGACGCCAAUAUACACGCAAGAGAUCUCCCCCGUCGUAUGCCCGGCGGCCGGCUUGAGUUUGCCCAUCUAUACCAAUCCCCAGGCCUACUACAAGUGCACCACGGUCGCCGGCAGAAUCAGUCCCAUUGCGACCAACUGCACCAACAACAACUACUUCAGCUACCCGCUCCAGGGCUGCCAGCCCUGCAACUCCUACCUGCCGACUGGUCCCUGCAGCAGCCUGGCCUUUGGACCCACUUGCGUGGACAUUAAUACCGCAGAUGAUCCCACGACCAUUGCUCCUACUACCACCACGGUUGCCCCAACCACCACUACCUCGGCUGACACAACCACCACUACCACCACCACCACUACCGCUGCCCCAACUACCACUACCCCGAGCGUGCCAACACCUCCUAGCGAGUCGGACACCACCGCCACCCCCUCGGGCAGCGAUGACGUCAUUACACCCUCCGGCACCACCAUCAGUGUGCCCCAGCCCCCAUCUCCCAAUGAUAGCAACGUUCCUACUCCAAAUACUCCCAUUCCCACGGCUCCGAUCAUCAUCGACAGUCCUCCGACAGUUACUGAAGCUCCCACGGCUAAAUCAACUUUGUAGAUGUUACCACACACUUUAUCCGCCAGAAUAAAGGGAUUUUGCAACAUAGUAACAAAAAGUAAAGAAGGCGUUUUCUAAAUUUCCUUAAAAAUGUGAAUAUCUUCUCCCAAAUAAAGAAAUCAUAACAAUUUGAAA